AUGAGUUUAUUAAAUAAUCAGUCUUCUUGUUCUAGUUGUAGUCUCCAAGUUCGUAUUCAACAGUUGGAGAAUGAUAAUAAUGAAAUGCAGAUAAAUUUACAACAAUCGAAUGAAAGAAUCGCGGAACAUGUAAAUUUUGUAGAAAAAUAUGUAAAAAUCUACGCCCCCCCCCCAAUAUUAACUUCCUAUAAAAUAAUUAUUAAUUAA